GCGGGGAAUGGGCGGGCUAUAGAGCCACUCGGGCCGGAGGGAUGCUCCGCAGAGAAGCCUGAGGCCUCCCGCCGCUCUCCGACUGUCUGUAAUUGAAGAGAGCUGGGGAGGAAACCGGGAGCAGAGCCAAGAAGGGGGACGGAACCUACGGAAGGGGGGCAGAGCUCCCAGGAAGGGGGCAGCCCCUAUAGAAAGGGGGGCGGAGCUCAUAGUGAAGGGGUAGCGUCCGGAGGAAAGGACUGAGCCAUAGAAGGAAGUACCGAGCCCAGGGAAAUAGGGGGCAGAGCGCACAGAAAUGAGAGAAAGGCUGGAGCCUGUAUACACAGCGGCGCAGGACCCAAAAAGGAAGGACAAAGGCCAUAGAAAAGAGGAGCCAGAGCUCUGAAGUGUUCGAAGCUUUUGAUGGAGACAUCUGGCAAAUGUAGCAGCCCAUAUGUCAGGGUGACUCCUGGGUUCCUGACACAUCUGCAAGAUUUGGAGCCCCAAGUGGCAAGACGACGCUUAUCUCAGGCACGACACCGGGCUACGUUGGCAGGACUCUUCAACAACCUGCGGGAAACUGUGUUUUCUCAGUCAGACAAUUCAGCAUCAAAGUGUCAGGUUUUGCGUAAAGCUAAGAAUUAUAUCCAGGAGCUGGAGCAAACCUUGGGUACCUUGCUGAAGAUGAAAGUAGAGUCCUUCAAUCUGGAGGAUGGGAACCCAUCCAGCUUGGAGGAAGUCAAGGAGGAAUAUGUCAAGAUGUACUUCAGCGAUCACUGUACUGCAUCCCCUUCAGAUGCCAUGAGUGAGAGUGGCUCUACAGUCUGGUAUUUGAUUCAAGAAUAUGAAAAAAACUCAGUGGAAGAGGAUGAGAAGCCAAGACCUAUCCAGUCCCCAGCCACUUCAUCUCCUGAUCUGAUAGAGUUUGAACGGUACCUGUAUUUUUAUAAACAGACGGUGGACCUGCUGGUUGAGAAUGGGAUUGUGUGCACUGAAGAGGUCACUCUUCCUGUGGUCUCCACAGCUGUUUCCCACCUAUGGCAGAAUCUGCCAGAGGAAAGGAGAGACAGCGUCUUGCAGUACUGUAGUCAGAGACAAAAUAUACUGCCAGAUCCCAAGGCAGUCUGCACUGAAGGUAGUGUGAGGAACAGCAGAGCUAAUAGUCAGGAACCCAGUGGUUCAUUGGUAUCCACUCCAGAGGAGAUACUAUUUGAAGAUGCAUUUGAUGUUGCUGCUGGUUUCCUUGACAGAAAUGAGACUCAACAAGCAAUGUCCAGUCCAGGCUCAGUGUUCGCAGGCUGCACCUCAGAAAAUCCAGAGGAUAACCACCGGCUCUACUUGCAGAUCACUGGUUUCUUAAAGGGUCUUUUCUUUGCUAACACACAGUUUCCCCAGGAGCAGCCUGCCGUGGAACUGGCAGCAGAAGCAGAAGAUGCAGAAUGUAGCCCCGGAGCUUGGCCCUUCAACCUCAGCAGCCCAGCCACAGUCUAGUAAGCGCCUGGGAUUUCUAACAGUCACAAGUGGUGAAAGAGGAAGCAUUGCCAUGAUGAACUUACGGUGGACAUCCUGGAAGGGCCUGGCAGCAGGAACAAUACCAAAGGGAAAAGGAUUCACAACAGAUGGAAAGACACCAACAGGUUGCAGAGCACAAGGAGAGAAUUGCAGCAUAUGAGGAGAGACUUGCAGCACAGUUUGUGGAGCAAGAAAGGCCCUUGAGGGAGGAAGAUAGAAUGCAGCAGAAAGACCUGUUUGAGAGGCUGCUUGCGUCAAUAGUCACAAGACUUCAGGCUCCUGCCUCACCCACACUAUGUCCUUCGUGCCCUCCAUGCUACCAUGCCCUGCAGACCAGGAAUGCAUUAGAUAAUACCAUGGUUGGGUGGCCCAUGCAACCAGGACUGAAUGCUAGUUGGGCAGGGCAAAUGUACCCCCAGCCGUCCUCCACACUACUGCAGUCCUCCAGCCCCGUGCAGUAGCACCAAGUGCAAACUAAACAAGCUAGAAAGGGAAAGGAGAAUGGGCAGCUGGGGACACACAGAAGUUUUGUUUGCACUGAUUCCACUUGUUUGCACUUAUUUCACUGUUUUGCACUGUUCAGUGUUUGUGUUAUGCACUUUAUUUUAUCACCAUUUUUGAUGUUGGUUUAUUACUGGUGUGUUAAUGGCAGCUGGCCUGCCUGAGAAUAUUGAUUUUUGGUAAUACUGCCAUGUUCACAAAUGAACACUUACUUUAUUUUAAAGUGUAUUUCCAUCACUGUAUCGCAUCAUACAAUGUGUAUUUCAGAGAAUAAAGACAAGACAUAAGGCACAGCUGA